GUAAAACUAUAAUCUCUUCCCUGAGGUCACAGUUUGUCAAGUACUUCCGGGGUCGCGGCAAAGCGUGUUCUGGUUUGUGAGGCGCUAACGUUUUACCGACGAAGAGGAGACAAACAUUUAACCAACACGUUCUUAUACUUAUUUAUUUAAUAAAAAUGAGUUUACCUCUGAAUCCCAAGCCUUUCCUGAACGGCCUCACGGGGAAACCAGUAAUGGUGAAGCUGAAGUGGGGAAUGGAAUAUAAAGGCUACCUGGUGUCAGUGGACGGAUACAUGAACAUGCAGUUGGCAAACACAGAAGAAUAUGUAGACGGAUCGUUGGCUGGUCAUUUGGGUGAAGUUCUCAUCAGGUGCAACAACGUCCUGUACAUCAGAGGAGUGGAAGAGGAGGAGGAGGACGGAGAAAUGAGGGAGUGACCGCCUUCACUUCUCUUCAUUGUCUCUUGUUUUCACCAUGUGAGAAUUUCUUUGUCCUUUUUCUGUUUGCAUUUUUUAAAUUUUUUUUUUUUUUACUGUAUAGGAGACCAAUCCUAAAUUGUGACAUUGUGAUACAAACACAAUAAAGUGGUUGUUAUAAAC